AUGAAUAAUAUCUAUUACGAAGUGCAGGAUCCGCAGACGGGACAGAUCUUCUUUGCAAACACCACUUCGGGCCAGUGCCUUCCCGAGCGACCCGCGGAUGGCAUCGUGAAGAUGCGCGAUCCGGACCUCGAGGAAUGGUGGGAACUCUUUGACGAAAACUACAAGCUGCCAUAUUACUACAACCCAAAAUCGGCUAAAACAGAGUGGAUCAGGCCAGUGACUGGAUUCAUUCUCCCGCUUCGGUCAAUUCAGCAAACCAAGGCUGGAAAGCGCAUGACGAUGAUGAUCCAGAAUAUGAAUAAGGAGCCGGAUAUCCCCAACGACAGCUCGAGCACACGCCAGAUCACGACCUCAGCGACUUACAGUCUUAAUCGGGCUGAUGUAUUUGACAUGCAGGAAUAUGGAUACGAUGCCCCAGGCAGCUCGCGAGCCCAUGAGACUGAGUCAUCCCUCAUGAGUUCCAACCGAGCAUCGCGUACUGGCCGAACCGCCGCCGAGGUCGCCGCAUUCGCCCCAACGGAUGCUGAUGGCUCAGAGCCUCCUAGUGCAAGCCCGGCAGUCCACGGCAGCUCCAUGGAGAGUGUGGAGAGUCCUUUGGUUUCGACUCAGCCUCGCGAAUCGAACGCAAACAGCAUCCUUCCCGAGUCUUCCAUCACGACAGACCCUCUCCAAGCCGUUUCGAACCGGACGAGCAAAGUCGCCAUGUACACGAUCUCGUCCGCCGGCACCGACACAACUCAUGCCACAGCGAUCACAAGCAACUUGUCGCUCGAAUCAAAUCGACUGCAGACAUCCGGGGGUGCUUCUCAAGACGGUCCACAUACCAGAGUCGAGAGUUCCUCUAUCCCGAUACCACCAGCACCCCCGGCAAUCGUUCAGACCUUUGCCUCAACAGUAGGGGAUGCUUCUGUGACCCACACGAUGAUAUCGCUCAAGUCUGACCAGUCCAUGGUCUCAUCGCAGAUGCCGAGCAAAGCAUCCCUGACGAUGGAACCCAGCAAACAGUCGAUCCACACUGACGCUGUCACCAUCGCCAAGACGAAGGGCAUCAGCAACCCAAUCAACAAUCCGGAGGCGGCAAUCGCUAUGAAUCCAUUCAACAAGGAGAAUGAUGAGUGCAGAGGUCUGCCAUCCGAUCUCAAGGUCGCAAUUGGCCAGUUUCGCAUCGACGGAUUUGCCGAAAAGUACUUUUCACAGCACCGCGCUGGGUUGUUCCGGCGGAAAGUUCCCCUGGAGAAAAUGCUGGUCUACUCCAAGACCUUGAAGGCCCCUUUGAUGGUGCUGAACAAAAAACUCCACAAAGACGCACUCAAGUGUUUCAAGCUGCUCAGCAAAAUCAUCGACAAGAAUGCCGGCCCAUGCAAAGAGGAGAUCCAGGCCCUCACCGAGAAGGGAAUUCUCCACGGCGAGCUGCGAGACGAGAUCUACGUCCAGAUCAUAAAGCAACUCAAAGACAACCCCAGCGGUGAAAGCGUCGUGAAAGCAUGGAAGCUCCUCUGUGUCGUGACCAUCGCCUUCCCGCCGUCCAAAAACUUUGAGGAGUAUUUGAAAAGCUACGUCCAAGAAAACUUCAGCCAAACCGGGUCCAACGCCGAUCAGCUCACGAUCCUGGAGGCGCCGUUCCAAAGCGCAUUGUUUGGUGAAACGCUCGAGGAAAUCAUGCGCGAGCAAGCAAAGACGCAUCCCGAACUGGACCUGCCCAAGAUCCUCUCCUUCCUGGCAACUGCAAUACUGGACAUGAACGGCUGUGGAACCGAGGGCAUCUUCAGAGUGCCUGGUGAUGCUGACGCCGUGACUGAUCUAAAAUGCCGUGUCGAAAAAAACGCAUAUGACCUCAGCGGUAUCACAGAUCCCAACGUUCCGAGUUCGCUUCUGAAGCUGUGGCUGCGUGAUCUCGCCGAGCCCCUGAUCCCUUCGGAAUUUUAA